UCUGGAUCCAGCCAUCUCCUAGAUAGUAAGUAGAUUACUCAUGUAAUGUGAUCUUCUCUUGUAAAAAUUCAGAAUCAUGUUCUCUAUAGUGGUUUCGUUAACUUUUUCCUUGUAUCUAGAUAAUGGGAUCCGAACCCGAUCUAAACCGAAAUAUUUUGGGUAUUCAAAUAUAUCCAAAUCAGAUUUAUAUAGUUGAAUAUAUAUUAGCUAAUUUUAGAGUUAAUAUCCAAAAAAAUAUCCAAAAUGUAGAAGAUAUAUUUUAAAUUGUCAAAAACAUUUGAAAAUAUAUAUAAAUAGUCAAAAGUAAAUAUUUAAAAUAGUUAAACAAUGCCCAAACAUCAAAAAUACUUAAAAUAUAUAUUGAUUCUUCAUCCAAAUAUUCAAGUCAAACUAACUUUUAUAUUCAAUUUAGGUAUUUGGAAUAUAUUGCUCAAAUCUAUAUGUUAUAUAUAUAUUAUUAUUUUUUUGAUUUUGAGAAAUUUAAAAUAUUUAUGAUUUUUUUAAAAUAAAAUAAUUUAAACGAGUUAUCUGAGACUGAACCGAACCCGCAAAAAUCCGAACCGAAAUUUAUAAAUAUCCGAAUGGGCUGAAAAAUUUAACUCCGAAAACCCCAAAAUCCGAAUAGACUCGAACCGAACGCGUACCCCGAACGUCCAUCCCUAAAAAUACUUAUUAAUCGAAGAUUUUCUAGAGAAUCUUUUCAAACAAAACUGAUGUUGUGACAUGUCGGUAUUGUUUUUUGUGAUAGAGAAGAGAACGAUCAUUAUUUUUAACAAGAAAACAAGUUAAUAUUUGGCACAUUCUAUAUUAAGACGAGUUUCUACAGGGGCAUCACAUGUGAUAUAGGUGAAAUCAUACAGUACUAGUACUACAAAGUUGUAAUGAAAACUCAUACGAAGUCAUGUUUGGUACUUUUGUUUCCUUGUGAUAAUUGAAAUUCCUGUUUGUGCUUAUUUUCGCAAUGUAUGGUACAAUGACAAGGAUGUGGUGGAACAUAUAUUACAUUAGCAUAGUGGAAAAUAGGGUGGUUCUCCAAUAAUCACUUUCGGUUAUGCUUUAGGUUUAUUCCUCUUUAAUUAGUAAUUAAUUACACACCAUUGACGCCUCUUUUGUUUGGUUAAGGGUCUAACGACGUCAAGUGUGGGGUGUAACGGUGAGAGAAUCUAAAAUUUGUGGAUGAGAAUACCAGUUUUAUCUCUUUCUCUGUUCCUCUGUCUCUCCCCCACACAAUUUUGAACUCAAACUCAAGAAGAAAGACAAGAAUGAGAAAGUUUCUUUGACUUAGACACAAGAAUCAAUCUGUUUACGUGACGCACAAACAAUGAUCUUAACAAUGAAACUUCUUCACCCUCUCUCUUCCUUCACUACUCUUCCACCAAAAACAAGGCAAUCUAAACUUUACCUUGUCGGACAGUCAGAGAAAGGGAAUGUUCUGAAAGGACUUGACCUCGGCGUUGAGGGGAUGCGUGUUGGUGAAAAUGAAAGACUUUACAUAAACUCAAAAGUAUGUUUUGAUAGACAAGUUGAGAGUGUUUUGAUAUACAGAGAUUGGUGAUUGUUCCUCCUGAGCUUGCUCAUGGGAAGAAAGGAGUGCAAGAGAUUCCUCCAAAUGCAACAAUCGAGGGGACCAAACUAUGUUGUUAAAACUUGAAUCAGUUCAGAGUUUUGUCUGCUCCUAAAGUGGUGUUCAUGUUUUGGUAGUUGGUACCUAGCUUGACAUUUAGCUCAAUUCAAUCAAGCAGAGUCCUUUCAGGUAUGUGAGAUCAAUUGUCUAAAACUUCUGUAAACUCAUGUCAACAAAACAUUUCUUGUAGGUAAAGUCUUCUCGGUUUUAUUCUCAAAGCUAUUGAAGAUUCAACUGUAUCAGAAGAAUCUAUUUAAUUGAUUCAAAAAGAACUUUUCAUCUCUAUUCAUACACUCUUGUGCUCCGCAAAAAAAACUACAAUUACCAAGUGAUGGUCACCUAAAAUUAUAUUCAGCCAUAAGAAACACCUGAGGACCGCGUAGAAACUUCAUAUCCAAGCAUUCCAGAAGUUUUGAGCUGAUAUGGUGAUUAUAAUCCUCAACUCAUAAGGCAAAUGUUCUUCUUUAUGAUGAGACAAAGCAGAGGCAUAAUCAUAAGAACAACUAAAAGUACCUACUUGGGGAACAUGAUGUUUAUUCUCUUUAGCCCAAAUUUGUUGCAGUCUCAUUCGAUUUCUUUAUAUGAAUCAUAGCACGACUGUGACUAACUGACUAUAUGCUAUGUUAGUGUAAGAAACUAUGAAAUAUUACGUUAAUCUUAUCUCCAAGACUUUUUGUUAUUUUCGAAAAAUAUAUAACAGAAAUCAGAGUUAUAUUAUACGUUAAAUUUAUAGAUAUCAAAAUUUUAUAUUAAAAAUAAAAACUGCUACUUAAAAUAUAUUAGAUCGCAUGGUUUACAAAUUGUCAAAAAAAAAUCAAUUAAUAUUAACAUAAAAAUAUUUAUGAUUCUAAAAAUUUAGAUCCAGUCUUUUAUCAAGACGCCAAUGUGGAUAUAAGGUGGGACAUGAUGAAUGAAACUGACGGUAGUUACUCGGCUAAUGUCACAAUCGCCAACUACGUGAUGGAUCACCAUCUUGAACAGUCAUGGAGAUUAGCCUAUAUAUGGGUCCAAAUUAAGGGAAUCACUACUGAGCACUUUGGGUGGGACUUGCCGUCAGAAACUAAUGAUAAUUGCAAAGGAGGUGUGGUUGUUCCGGGGUUUAGAAAUGCUGUCGUGACGGAAAACUCAACUUCAUUUCAUAUUAAUGUUAGCCAUUAUAAUAGAGGCUAUCAUACCCUGCCUGAUGUAAGGUUGGAAUACGAAAGUGAACGUAAUGCAUUAAAGCGAGUAACUGGUACUCCGGGUUAUCUGAGUAAGUCCAUUGAAUUAUAUAGUGUUGGCGCAUCAUAUCAUAUGCAUACCCUCCUCUUUAACUUUUGGUUGGAGUCUCUCCUAACCAGAUUAUGUACGAAAUUGUUGGUUAUGUUAUGUGCUGCAUAAAUCUUAAGAAAAUAUUUUAAAAUAAAUAAGUUUUUACACUGAUUAAUUUUAUUACAAAUUUAUGAGAACAAAUCGACAAAUUUAUAUAUCC